GCCGCCGCAGUUUUAAAUAGAAUUAUUCCUUCUGCGUUUGAAAACGUUCAGAUGCACUAGAUUUUUACUAAUUUUAGACAAAUUUUACAGAGCUUACCCAGAAAUACAGAAAAAUGGCAGAGGAAGUAGCAGCUAGCACGAAAGAAUUUCAAAAAGCUCUGAAGUUAAAAGAUUUGGAGAUAGCAAACUUAAAGGAAAAAAUAGCGUUAAUGGAACUAGAAGUGGGACAAAGUCAAAAACAACAGGCCCAAAGAGCGAAAGAAAACUUGGAAAUACAAGCAUUAAAGACACAAUCCGAGGGUAUCCUAACCAAAGCCAAGGCGAUGAUCUUUGAGAACACCAAAGUGAUCAAGAACCAGGAACUACAAAUUGAAGCAUUAUCCCAACAGAACGAGAGCUUAAAGGAUGUAGUUAAAAUCACCAAAGACUUGCUGGAAAUAAGGAACAUGGAGGUAACCCAGUUGGAAGAGAAGAUCAAUUGCAUGGAAGGUAGAUUGAAGGCGGAUAAAGACAGACAAACUCUUCUUCAUACGAAAUUAGAGACCAUGAUCAGGCACAACGGAGAUUUGAAGAGAGAAUACGAGGCACAAUUAUGCUUGUUUAAUGCUUUGAGAGAACGGUACAGCGAAAGAGAAUUAGCUAGAGGUGUGUUAGACGAUGCCAGAAGGGAUGUGCAACAAGCUAGGGUAGAACAGAAUGGCGUAGAACCACCGGUACCACAGCCAGAACAGAACGGAGAACAACCUCAAUAAAAUUUAAUGUAUUAAAAAAUGUUUUGUAUCUAUGUAUGAUUGUAAAUAGAUAUAAUGUACUUAUGUGCCUUGAGACUGGUACUACCUUGGUUUGAUACUUAAUAAAAAUAAAUAUGUGUGUUUAAUAAUACAAAU